AUGUCAUCCACAGUCGCGACAAUAACACAGACGGCUACCGCCGCGCCCACAUCAUCAAUAGACGCUGCCGACGCUGCCAAAGCUUCAGCCUCGUCCGCGGUCCAUUCACUGUCAAAAGCCAUCGCAUCCGCGUCGGCCGCUCUCACAUCCGAGUCUGCCAUCGCAUCAGGCAACGAGGCCAACCCACCCGCUUUCAAGUAUGUCGGUCUCGCUUUGGCCGUCGGCUCUGGCAUCCUCAUUGGCUCUUCCUUUGUCUUCAAGAAGAAAGGCUUGCUAGCCGCGCAAAAGAAGUAUGAGACUGCUGCUGGUGAAGGUCAUGCCUACCUUAAGUCGCCCAUGUGGUGGACCGGAAUGAUCAUCAUGGUCUUUGGCGAGAUCUUCAACUUUGUGGCCUAUGCUUUCGCCGAUGCCGUCCUCGUUACUCCGCUCGGCGCCCUCUCCGUCGUCAUUUGCGCCGUUCUCUCGUCCAUCUUCCUCAAAGAAAAGCUCACCCUCUUUGGCAAGGUCGGCUGCUUUCUCUGCAUCGUCGGCUCCGUCAUCAUCGCUCUCAAUGCACCAACCUCGCAUGUCGGCGGCAAGAUCACCGAGUUCCAGAAGCUCUUCAUUGCACCUGGCUUCUUGACGUGGGCGGGCGUUUGCAUCGUCGCCUCGCUCGUGCUUGUCUUUGUCGUCGCACCCAAAUAUGGCAAGACCCACAUGAUGGUCUACAUCACCGUCUGCAGCCUUAUCGGUGGACUUAGCGUCAGUGUCACUUCGGGUCUCGGUUCCGCCAUCCUUCUCUCCAUUCGCGGUCAGAACCAGUUCAAGCAUUGGUUCAUCUACUUCCUGCUCGGCUUUGUCGUCGUCACGCUGCUCGUCGAGAUCAACUACCUCAACAAGGCGCUCGAGCUGUUCAACACUGCCACCGUGACACCCACCUACUACGUCAUCUUUACCGGUGCCACGCUCAUCACGUCCAUCAUCUUGCAGCAAGGCCUCAAUGCGACCGUCAUCGACAUCGUCACACUCGUCAUGGGCUUCCUCGUCAUCUGUGCAGGCAUCGUGCUGCUGCAGCUCAGCAAGAUUGAUCCGGAAGAGCUGCAGGAUAAGCCAGGCUUGGAUCGCGAGACGACUCUCCUCAUGCGGGCCAGCCACUCGGUCAUCUCGCACGGAGGCGAAAAGGCGGACCAAUCGGCGUACGAAGAUCCUGGUGUCGACACGGUGCGAGGAGGAAUGGGCAUCGUUGGUUCCAUGAUCCGUGCUCGCAGCUCUCGUCGCCUCAGCUCCGCCAGCUCAUGGAGGCAUCACAGCGCAGCAGACGAGUACACACUCCGCAGUCGAAACAACCUUCCGCUCACUACGCAGGGCGCCGGCAACAUUGAGAGGUAUCAGCUUCAAGAUGCACCGCUCUCGCCGCGCGGCAUGCAUCGCGACCUAUCUCUGUUGAAUGUGCCCGGUACACCGAGUCGAAGAAACACGGCCAUCUCGUUUGAGCCUGGUGCAGAUUCGCCUCACGGACAUCACGCCGGCGAGCAAUCCUCUGUUUCGCAAUUUGGCACCAUGAACAACAACAGUGCGCUGCAUUCGAUCAAGGAGAGCUCCGACGGUAGCGGUCGUAGUACGCAGGCGUCCGCUUCGGCCAAGACAGGUGCCCAGUCGGCAGCCUAUGUGGAUCCGUAUGCGGCACGUGUCCACUCUCCCCUGUCACCGACAGGACAUGUUCGCACUAUGUGGGAGCAACCUCAACCCAAUCUCGGCUACACCUCUUCGCCAGACGCAACGCCGGAAACUGAGGAUGACGAGUACUCGAUCCGUGCUGUCGCUUCGUCCGCUGCAGACGGUGAGCAGGGCGGUAGCACGCGCAGCACAGCGAAAGGUUAUCCCAAGAUCAAGCCGCGCGUAGCAUCAAAGGGGUUUGGAUCGAAAGGUAGCAGUGACGACGAUGAGGCCGAGGAAUUGCUCAGCCCACGCUUGGGGUACAGUCAACGAUAG